GUGGGGCUGUCAGUCAGAAAGAAGCCCCGCCCCCCGGCACACACUGCGCACAACUCCGAGAUCAGAACCCCCGGAACCCCAAAAACCGUACCCAUCUGGGCCACUCCGGACUAACUAUCGAUCCGAGCCGAUCCGAGCCGAGCCACGGAGCAUCGGGAGCGCUCGGUCCGUCGGAGGGGAUGUCCCGGCUGCUAGAGAGCAGGAGACAGGACAGGAUGAAGGAAAUCAACCUCAAGAAUAAGGAGAAGGUGCGUCUGAAGGAGCGGGAGAAGGAGGCGAGGGAGCGGGAGGCUCGCCAUAGUAACGGUCACCUGUUCACGUCUCUGACGGUGUCGUCGACCACGCUGUGCUCCUCCUGCAACCGCAGCAUCACGGCCAAGGAGGCGCUCAGCUGCCCAGCCUGUAAUGUCACCAUCCAUAACCGCUGCAGAGACAGUCUGGCCAGCUGUGCCAAGAUGAAACAAAGGCAACAGAAGUUGGCUAUUGUCAGGAACAGUUCAGCUCUGCAGAACGUCGCCAUGAGAACUAAAACACCGAUGAUGAAGGAGCGCCCCAGCUCAGCCAUCUACCCGUCUGACAGUCUGCGCCAGUCUCUGCUCGGCUCCAGACGCGUUCGCUCUGGCCUCUCGCUCGCCAAGAGCGUCUCCACCAAUAACAUCGCAGGGAUGAGCGAGGACUCUGUGGGUCUGAGGAGGAUUCUGUCUCAGUCCACCGAGUCUCUGAACUUCAGGAGCAGAACCUUGUCCAUGGAGUCUCUGACGGACGACGGUGAGUGGUGGUGGACCCCCCUGCUGGAGGACCUGCAGGUGGAGGGGAGCUGUGUCCAGGCUGACAGCUGGAGUCUGGUGGUGGAGCCCAGCUUCCUGCAGACGCUUCACAGAGACCUCAUCAAGAAACAGGACGUCAUCUACGAGUUGAUCCAGACGGAGUUCCACCACGUGCGUACGCUGCGUAUCAUGGAGGGCGUGUACCGGCGAGGGAUGCUGGAGGAGGUGAUGCUGGAGGCCGCCGUGGUCCACACCAUCUUCCCGUGUCUGGACCAGCUGCUGGAGUGGCACGCCAACUUCCUGUCGCACCUGCUCAACCGCCGGAGGGAGGGGCUAAUGGAGGGCAGCGCCAACAACUUCACCAUCCGCAGCAUCGGAGACCUGCUGCUCACACAGUUUUCAGGGCAGUGUGCAGACGACAUGAAGAAACUUUACUCUGAGUUCUGCAGUCGACACCCGAAAGCUGUGAAACUCUAUAAAGAAGUUUUAGCUCGAGACCGACGACUGCAGCAGUUUGUUAGACGUGCCUGUCGGGGUCCUCUGCUGCGUCGUCAUGGCGUCCAGGAGUGCAUCCUGCUGGUGACACAGCGACUCACAAAGUACCCCGUCCUCAUCCAACGAAUCCUCGACAACACCAAAGGCAGCGAGGAGGAGGCCCAGGCGUUGAGCCGGGCACUGGUCCUCCUGAAGGAGCUGAUCAGCGCUGUGGACCAGGAGGUUCUGGAGCUGGACCGGACCAGGAGGCUGCAGGAGAUCCAGGCCCGGCUGGACCCGAGGGUCCUGGCCCAAGUCCAGGGUGGGGGGGUCUUCAGGGGGGGGGAGCUGCUCAGGAGGAGGCUCCUACACGAGGGGACCCUGCUGCUCAAACUGCAGGGCUCCAGGAUGAAAGAUGUGCAGGUCCUGCUGAUGUCAGACAUCUUGGUUUUCCUUCAGGAGAAAGAUCAGAAGUUCAUGUUCCCUUCACUGGACAAGUCUCCCGUGGUGUCCCUGAACAACCUGAUUGUCAGAGACAUAGCCAAUCAGGAGCGAGGGAUGUACCUGAUCUCCGCCUCCACGCCGCCAGAGAUGUACGAGCUCCACGUUUCCUCCAAAGACGACCGGCGCACCUGGAUGGGCCGCAUCCAACAGGCUGCCCUCAGCUGUCCGUCCAGAGACGAGUUUCCUCUCAUCGAGACUGAAGACAAAGCUUUACUGCGACGACUCAGAGCGGACAUCCAGCAGAAGGACCGGGAGGUUCUGGAGCUCCUGCAGGAGCGCGUCACGCUGUUCUCAGACCUGGUGGAGGCCACAGGGAGAGGAGGAGGAGACGGAGGAGAGGAGGAGGAGGAGGGAGGAGGAGGAGGAGUGGAGAUCUCUUCCUCUUCAUCCUGCAGGAAUCUGUUCAGAGCAAACACUCCUCAGGCUCCGCAGGCAGAGCCUCUGCUCACCGCUGCCAUCACUCAGGUGGAUAAACUGAGCGAGCUGCUGCUGAACUCCAACGUCCAGAAAUCCUCCAACGGGAACCCCGAGAUCAGCAAUGGUGACUCCAGUUCUCUGAACGGAUCUUUUGAGUUGACGAGCUCCUCGAAGGACAGAAACGGCAACCAGCUGCAGGAACGCACCUUAAACCAGGAAGUGCGUCAGCGGUUGGUCAGUCUGAGCACGCAGCUUCACGCCUUGCAGGCCGCUGUGAUUCGUCAGGAUUCCAUCCUGGAGCUGUCAUUCACAGCAGGCCCCGCCCCCUCGCCCCCCGAAGGCCCCGCCCCCGGCCCCCGCCUCAGCCGCUCGCUGUCGCGGGACGCGGGGAUGGACGCCGCCGGCGAGGCGCUGCUGCUGCGACGGCAGGUGGAGAUGCUGCAGCAGGAAGUGACACGGCUGCGGCUGAGGGGGGAGGAGCCAACCAGAGAGGGGGCGGAGCCUGUGAAAAAGAGGAGGGGCAACGGAGAGAUGAGUGAUGUCAUCAAGGGAGAACAGCAGGUGAACAGGAGGCGAGGCAGCAGGGAGUUGGAGUCCCGCCCCCUCGCUCCAUUGGCCAGUCAGGAUCCCGUCGACCAAUUAGAUGGUGUCCAGGAAGGAAAUGAGGAAGAGGAAGUGACUAGGAUCUCUCCUCGCUCCGACAGUCCCAGAGACCUGCAGGACAUCCCAGAGGAGAGCGAGUGUGGAGCGGAUCCCAGUUAACGAAUCAGGAAGUAGAACCAUCACGUCAGCUGGAGCCCCGCCCACAGCACUGGAGGGGCAGGGCUUAUGGACUCACCACACUACAUUACCCACAAUGCCUUUGGAUAUCAACAGAUAAACUGUAUUUAAAGUAGUUUAAAGAAAACAUUUUAUAGGUUUUUAAUUUGUGUUUCUGAUUUUGUGAAACCAAAAAAAAAAACAUUUUUUAAAUUCAGGAACAAAGUUUGUCAGAAAGUGAGAAACGCUGCGUUCAUGUGCACCUCUAAAGUCUGAAUGAACGCAGCGAAAUAUUGCGUUUACUGAAAUGUGACUCAGCUUUUAAAGUUUAGUGUCGAUGAAUAAUAUUCUCCUGUUGUUGGUGUUUUAAAGAAACAGGAAGCAGUCUGCUCCUGUCUGUU